AUGCCUUCAACUACUGCCUCCGAGACCAACGAUGACCACGCCGUUCUUGCUUUGCGCAACCUCGUUUUUGAUCUUUGUCUUCAAAAUGGCGGUGGUCAUGGCGGCUCGGCCAUUGGCAUGGCUGCCAUUGGAGUUGCGCUAUGGAAGUACGUGAUGCGAUACAACCCAUCCGACCCAGACUGGUUCGAUCGCGAUCGGUUUGUGCUCUCCAACGGCCAUACUUCAAUGUUCCUCUAUGCCCUCAACCACCUGACCGGCUUCGAGAACUGGACCAUGGACGAGCUCAAGGGCUACGGAAGCGCGAAGACGGACGGAUACAAGACAAUCUGCCAUUCACACCCCGAAAGAGAAAUUCCCGGUAUCGAAGUGACGACAGGGCCCCUUGGACAGGGUGUAGCCAACGCCGUCGGACUCGCCAUCGCGUCCAAGAACCUCGCUGCCCGAUACAACCGCCCCGGGUUUGAUAUUGUCCAGUCCCGCAUCUACUGCAUGGUUGGCGAUGGAUGUCUAAUGGAAGGUGUUGCUCUCGAAGCUAUCUCGCUGGCAGGAAGCCUUGAGCUGGAUAACCUGGUCAUCAUCUACGACAACAACCAAGUGACCUGUGAUGGUCCCCUUGACUGGAUCAACACCGAGGAUGCCAAUGCAAAGAUGCGCGCAUCCGGCUGGCACGUCAUUGACGUUAUGGAGGGGAGUUAUGACGUCCAAGCAGUGGUUUCAGCACUGAGGCUGUCAAGUACUGUCAAGGGACAACCUGUCUUCAUCAAUGUGCGCACCAUCAUUGGCUUGGGCACGCAAGUUGCCGGCACCGCCAAGGCACACCACGGUGUUUUCGACAAGGAAAGCGUUGCAGAAUCAAAGCGCCUUGCAGGCCAGGAUCCAUCCGUCACUCACACCAUCCCAGAGGCAUCGCUUGCCUUUUUCAGGGAGCGCAAGACCCAUGGCGAGUCAAUCAAUGCAUCUUGGGAUAGUCUCGUCAGCAAAUACAACCACGCGCACCCAGAUGUCGCCCAAUCGCUGGACCGGGCUCGCAAGGGCGACAACGGAACGGAGUGGCUGGAUAUCCUCAGCCAAAUCGAUAGCUCGCAGUUCAAGGGCUAUGCUACCCGUGAAGUAAACGGUGCCCUGAUCGAGAAGAUUUGGAAAAUCCACCCUGCCAUGUGCGGAGGCGGUGCCGACUUGGUCACUUCCAACAAGGUCUCAUAUACUGCCGACGAUGUCUUCCAUCCCUCGGUCAGCUACGCGGGACGCUUUGUACGGUAUGGAAUCCGAGAGCAUGCCAUGGCCUCUAUCUCGAAUGGCAUUGCUGCGUACAACCCAGGCACAUUCUUGCCCAUCACCGCGACCUUCCUCAUCUUCUACCUCUAUGCUGCUCCUGGAGUUCGGAUGGGCGCUAUCAGCGAACUGCCCGUGAUCCAUUUCGCAACGCACGAUUCUUUCGCCGAAGGCCAGAACGGCCCAACACACCAGGCCGUGGAAGUUGAUUCGCUGUACCGCGCGAUGCCAAACCUGACCUAUAUCCGCCCCUCUGAUCCAGAGGAGACAAUCGGCGCCUGGAUCCUUGCGCUGUCAAAGAAACACGGUCCCAGCAUGUUGUCCCUCGGCAGAGAUCCGGUUGGGCCAAUUCCUUCCACCAGCCGCCUUGGUGUCGCGAAGGGAGCAUACGUUGUCAAGGACGUGCCAGAAGCCAAGCUUACUCUAACCAGCUGUGGCACAAACCUCCACUAUGCUGUCGCCGCUGCCGAGUUGCUCACCGCGGAGGGUAUUGCGACUCGUGUCGUAAGCGCUCCUUGUUUCGAGCAAUUCGACAAACAGGAUAAGUCCUAUCGCGAUAGCGUGUACCCACGGGACGGAACUCCUAUUGUUAGUGUGGAAGAAUACGUCGCGACUACUUGGGCGAGAUAUGUUACAGCCAGCAUUGGCAUGACUGGGUACGGAUACUCAGCCUCGAACCCGAGCAACUACGAGCGCUUUGGGCUGGAUACAAAGGGUAUUGUGAUAAAGGUGAAGAAGUACCUUGGAGAACUUGAUGGUGAGAAUGCUAGAAUCGCUGGUUGGCGCCAGCUUUAAGUCUGCCUCGUGGCUUUAAUUACGCUAGUUGUAUGAAAUACACGAAAUACACGAUCUUGAACAUAACUCUUCGUAAUUUCCAAUUCUCCUUGGGAAUAUUGUAAAGUCCGUGUUAACCCUAUCUAUAACAAAUAUUCGAAACGCUUGUCUUAGAGAGUGGCA